AUGACCCGACCCAAGGUCCCAGAGGACAAACGUCAACGGACUGCCCAGGCCUGUGACACCUGUAAGCGCCGGAAGCAGAAGGUAAGCCCUCACUUCUCCCAUCUACCAUCUACCUACCUACAUUUCUACCAUUCUAUUACCACUGGAAUUUUGCCUGGAAAGCAGAACGCAAGUGCAUUUCAGCAGCUACCGAUCACCAUCCUGUUUCCCGGCCUGUCUGCUAAGUGGCGUCUAUAA